AUGAGCACUUCGAAAACAUCCUCUCCUCCGUCCUCACCAAUUUUCCCUCCCAGUAUUCCUUCCAGCGAAAUACUUUCAUCUCCAUUGAGCUCACCCUCCGACUCGUUUCUUCAAAAUGUUAUAGGUGAACAAGUAAAUCUACCAGAGCUACCAUGGGAUGGACAUUCCACCCUGGCAUCUUCCAGCACAGACACCAUUCAGAGUCAUAUAAAUCCGAAUGUGCCUGCCUGGCUUCAAAAUACAUACAUGUUAACAAAAAUCAAUGAAAACCCAUCUGCCUUUGUCAAGAAACGAAAACAUACUCACUUCUCUCGACUCAACACCUUUCUACGAAAUAAGGACUUGAAAUUCUCUUUUAUUGAUUUUGAUCUAUUUAGUGCACCUAACGAUCCUUUGAGCGAACGACUUGAGAAGGCUCAACAAGCUGUCUAUGUCGUGUCUGUGCAUUUCACAUUCCCACAACUCCAUGAGUUUGUUCGAUUCAGUUUGAAGGCUAUUAUGGAUGCUGUUCCAUCGUUGCAACAUCUUCCACGUGCAAAAUCAGUAUGGGUGAAAAUGAAGAAUCAAUUCUACUAUACCUGUGAUGCCAAAGAGGAUCACUUUCCAAAAUGUGAUAAUUUAAUUGAAUUGAACUCAGAUGACACGGUUUCAAGCAAAAAAUUGGAAAAUUUGAAUGGUUUGAAUGCAGUUUCUCCAUUAGGAGCAGUAUUAGAGUUUUCAUUGGAGAAAUUUCAUUAUUAUCAUCCCAACACACCUUUAAACAAGGAUAUCUGUUUUCAGUCAAGGAUGGAACUUGUCUGUGAGAGAAAGAAAAAAUCGAACUCCAACAAAAAAGUAGAUGUUUGGAGUGAACGAGUUGCGUUUUCCUUUUAG